AGUGAUAAGGAAUUUCCUGCGCUCGCUUUUUAUUUAUUUAUUUUACCGGGUGGCUGGUUAUAAACAGCAGGAGAGAUGGGUUUGCCAACAGCAGUGGGUUUUCCUCCAGCCCCAUGGGCUGCCUGACCCGCAUAGCACCUGCUCUGAGGGUUCCUCGGGUGGCUGGCCUCUCAUACCUCAGUCCAGAGAAUCCUUUGCUGGCACAGCAUGGUCCUCUCCUGUUCAGCAUGCCCUAAAGUUGAUAGUUUCAGCCUGCUACGUGAGCAAAAGAGGGCAGGAAUGGAGAAGUGUCAGGAAGUCAAGAAACAUGUGCGUCUGCAGGAUAGAAGGGGCUCCAACGUGUCGCUGGUGCUGGACAUGAGUUCCCUGAGCAACACAGAACCCAUUUCAUCCGUCUCCACCCCAAGGGAUGUCACAGUGAAGCUCCUGAACACCACCAGCCAUGUUCUUACUCAGAGGAUGCUCCAGCAGCAGAACUGGAGCCUAGAGGAGCUUCAAGAGGAGUUUGCGAAAAUCCCCUCCAACUUUGCCAGUGCAGAAGAGCUGGACAUCCCCAGACGAGCAGCAAAAGACAGAUAUAAAUCCAUCCUACCAAAUCCCCAGAGUCGUGUGUGCCUAAAGAGAGCGCUGAGCCAAGAAGACGAGAGCUACAUUAAUGCAAACUACAUCCGGGGUUAUGCUGGGCAGGAGAAGGCCUAUAUUGCCACCCAGGGGCCCAUGCUUAAUACAGUCAAUGACUUCUGGACAAUGGUGUGGCAGGAAGGAGCUCCUCUCAUCGUUAUGCUCACCAAACUCAAGGAAGCAAAAGAGAAAUGUGUCUGUUACUGGCCUGAAACAGAGGCAACCUAUGGGCCCUUCACCAUCCGCAUGCAAGGCACUUGUGAGUGUGAAGAAUACACCAUCCGCGACUUUGGCCUACAGCUCAACGAUGAAUGUCGCACGGUGAAGCAUAUUGUUUUCUCAUCCUGGCCAGACCAGAAGACCCCAGAAUCAGCCAAGACCUUCUUGCACUUGGUUUUGGAGGUGGAGAAAAUUCUACAGGCCACAGAGAGCAGAGGACCUGUUGUUGUCCACUGCAGUGCAGGAAUUGGUCGGACUGGCUGUUUUAUUGCUACGCAGAUUGGAUGCCAGCAACUGAAGAAUAAAGGAGAGGUGGAUAUUUUGGGCAUAGUCUGCCAGCUGCGCAUAGACAGGGGUGGAAUGAUACAAACCAGUGAACAAUACCAGUUCCUCCAUCACACACUGGCCAUGUAUGCGUCACAGCUUCCUAAGAUCACAGACUGCUAGUGUCAUUUUCUCAUGUUAGAAUGUGGAAUUGGCUCCUCUCCUCCUUGACACAUGGCUUGACGGAGCCUUUUUCUGACUCUCCAAUCAGUAGCAAUAUAGAGAAAACUACUUGUGUUUCAACAGCCUGGAGUGUAAUCUCUGCCCAAGAAGAAGUACCUGGUUGCCGGCUGCAUACCAUAGGAAUGUCUUCUAUCACAAAGCAGACUUCAAAUUCUAAUGUUGUGUUUCUUGUGUUUGUUUUGAACUCCCUGAAUGAUGUGUGCAAACUUAAACCAGAUUUCAGGUUCCUUGAAAA